UCAUAUCACAAACACACACUCGCACUACCACACAAACUCUCCCUUUCUUCUCUCUAUUUCUUCAUACUACUUCUUUACCCCAUAUCUUUAUACUACUAUUGGCUAAGGUGUAAAGGGGAAGAUGACAUUAAACGAUCUGUUGACGGCAGAAAACGUGGCUCAAUUCCUACCACUAUCGGGCCAUUUACCCAAUAUACCAGGUCGCAUCAUCAAUGUGACGCACCAAAUUCCAUACAGCAUUAUGCGAUCACCACCUACUAUGACGCCCAUUGACGAUUAUGAUAAUACCCAAGAUCAACAACAACAAGCAAAUCAGCAACAACAACCACCAACGCCACCUUAUUCUCCCGCUGCAUCAUCCCUCGAUUCCACGACGGAUGAAGAGCACGAAAGUGUGGAUCUGUUCAGAAAAAUGCACCAACAAAAAAAGGCAGCAGCAACAUACCCAUCCGGCGCCCCGAUUUCCAAACUGGCCCGCCAUCACCGACGUCAAGGAACAUUACGCGUCAAGUUUCAUGCAGCUGAUUGGACCGUUGUCCAAGGUCGUGGCCAUGGAGCACUGUACGCCGGCCUGCAGAGUCUCGCUCAACAUUGGGAGACGAUCCAUAUUGGCUGGACCGGGCCAAUUCGUGUUGCGCAUUCGAAAAAGAUUGUUUCCGCGGAAUCCAUAGAGCCAAAGGAUAAGCAGAAGUUGGAAGGAUUACUGCGGGAGACAGGGAAGAUUGUACCUAUUUUUCUGGAUAAUAAGGCACAUGGUCAUUAUGAAGGAUACUGCAAAGAGGUUCUUUGGCCGUUGUUUCAUUAUCUCGUGUGGACGAAUGCGACGGACGGACGUAACGAAAAACAAUACUGGAAGGAUUACGUGGCAGUCAAUCAGCAGUUUGCAGAUACGGUUGUAGCACAGUAUAAGAAAGGCGAUAUUAUUUGCAUCCAGGAUUAUCAUCUCCUAUUGGUUCCCGAAAUGGUCCGCGCACACAUACCAGAUGCCGCCAUUGGUAUUUUUAUCCAUGCUACAUUUCCUAGCUCAGAGAUCUUCCGAUGCCUGGCAGCACGAAAGGAAAUCCUCAGAGGGAUGGCGGGUGCUGAUCUCGUCGGCUUUCAGACAUACUCCUAUGCACGUCAUUUUAUAUCCUCAUGCACGCGUGUGCUAGGCUAUGAGAGCACACUCGUAGGCGUCAACGCCAACUCACACCAGGUCUCAGUCGGCACAUUCCCUAUCGGCAUCGACGUCGAUCGUGUCAACCGCUUCCGCAAACAACCCGGCGUGCAGCCAAAAAUGGACGCCAUCCGUAGUAUGUAUGCGGGGAAAAAGAUUAUCAUCGGACGUGACAAACUGGAUCAAACCAAAGGCGUAUUACAAAAACUACGCUCGUUUGAACAGUUCCUGCAUGAUUAUCCGGAAUGGCGUAAUCAGGUCGUUUUGAUUCAGGUCACUACACCCACUGUCCAUGGCGCCAACAAGCUGGAAAGCAAGGUCUCUGAGCUCGUUAGUCAGAUCAAUGGCAUCUAUGGCUCGCUCGAGUUUACACCCGUGCACCAUUAUCAUCAGGAUAUUGAUCGCGAUGAGUACUAUGCUUUGCUGUCGGCGGCGGAUGUCGGCUUAAUUACGAGUGUUCGCGACGGCAUGAAUACGACUUCGUUCGAGUUUAUUAUUUGUCAGCAUGAGCAGGAACGUUACAGUCCGUUAAUCUUGUCUGAAUUUACGGGAACCGCCGGCUCGCUUAGUGCAGCCAUGAUGGUAAAUCCGUGGGAUUUUGCUGGUGUCGCCAAGGCAAUCAACGAAGCAUUGUCUAUGACUCCAGAAGAGAAAUUGACCCGACAUAUGCAAUUGUAUGAACAUGUUACCGCGCACACCGCCAGUUUCUGGGCACAUUCGUUUGUCAAGCAGCUUGUAAGCUGCACCGAGCAACGAUCGUUACAAUCCCAUGCCACACCUGCGCUUGAUAGUGAUUUACUAUUGGAUAUUUAUAAUAAGGCUGAGAAGCGACUUAUGUUUUUCGACUAUGAUGGUACAUUAACGCCUAUUGUGUCGGUUCCAUCCGACGCACGGCCCUCCAAGGAAAUGCUGCAAUAUCUCCAAACCUUGUGCGACGAUCCACGGAACGAAGUUUGGGUUAUCUCGGGACGAGAUCAGCAAACAUUAGAUAACUGGCUCGGCAGUACUGUCACCAACAUUGGCCUAAGCGCAGAACAUGGGUGUUUCCUGAAGCCCGCCAAAGCGACACAAUGGACAAAUGUUCUUGACGAUGUCAAUAUGAGCUGGAAGCAUGACGUUACAGAGAUCUUUGAGUACUACACUGAAAGAACGCAAGGAAGUUUCAUCGAAUUCAAAAAAUCAUCCAUCACCUGGCACUAUCGUAUGGCUGAUGCACAAUACGGUGCUUUUCAAGCCAAGGAGUGUCAAAACCACCUUGAAAACGCAAUUGUAUCCAAGCUACCCAUUGAAGUCCUGAUCGGCAAAAAGAAUAUCGAAGUACGACCUGCUUCAGUGAACAAAGGCGAGAUUGUAAAACGCAUUUUGGCACAACAUGCCAAUGCCGACUUUGUGAUCUGCGCUGGCGACGACAAGACGGACGAAGACAUGUUCCGAACACUGAGCACUGCACGAUUAGCACAUGCGCAAGCCUUAUACUCUAUCACCAUCGGUCCACCGGAAAAGAAAACAAUGGCAAAUUGGCAUGUCAAGACAAGUGGUGAUUUAGUGAAUGUAUUAGGGCGUAUGGCUGAAAUUGGUUGUAGUAGUAAUUUAUCAUAAUAAA